AUCGGCACUUCCCCUCUGAUUUUUCCGAUGUCGGUCGGACCGAUGAUGUCGGACCGUCGGACAGUAGUUUAAUUUUCUGACAGUUCUAUUCGGGAUACACCGAAACGGUUUUAUAUGUAUAAAAGCUCAUUAAACACUGAAUAGUAUUCCGGUACUUUAAUAUAUCGUUAACCAUGAAAUGUAUUUAAUUCUAUAAAAUAUAAAUAAACGUGAAAGAAGGUGAAGGUAUGUUUCGUCUUCGAAUUCGAUCUGCGUACACGUAACUUGUGGAAUCGCGACCGUUCCGUUUAUCGUUCUGUUUCACAAAAGAGACUGAUAAUUCUACUACGGCAAUGCCCACGAAAAGAAAUUCCAACUAUCCGAAAAUACUUGAGCGUCAGUGAAUUUCCCUGGUAGGUUAGACACAUUCCUGUGUAAGGUUGCAUCGUUCCACACCGCCAGGCCAGCGUUCGAGCGUUCAAACGUUCGAACAGAAUUGGAAACAUGUUACAACGAGCUCCCAAUCUUCUCAGACUGAUUCAUAACGUUAGCCGAUGUAACAAAGAUUGUUUAUACAUAUUUCAAGUAGGCUGUACAAAAAGACAUACCGGUUUGAUUACGUGUAACUACAGUGCGAGAUGCAAACUGCACGUAAUCGCGAGCAGCCCGGUGUUUGCCGCGAAAGCAAAAGGAGCGGAACACCUACCAGAAUGGAGGUGGCUCCUUGUCACGACGUCCAGACGUCCUAUCUCCGUCGUAGCGAGAUUGCAGAAAGACGAACAAGGAGGAGAUCGUAAACAGUGUGAUGAACAAGUGCAACAGAGGAUAAUAGAAUUGAAAAAAGAAAAUUUGGGCCAGCUUAAAGAGAGAAAGCUGGACGUCAGAGCUAAGGAUGAUGGUCAAGCAAAGAUUGACGGGCCACAGGAGUCGAAGCCCGAAGUCGUCAAGAAGAGGAUCAAAAUGGACAAGAGUGCAUCGUCUCUAGAACGUAAUUUCAUUACCCCAGUAAGAGCCAUGUCCGAUUUUUUAUUAAAGCCGUCCGACCUCGAGAACAUACCAAAAACGAAGAGAAGAUCACCGUACGAAUUCGAACCACCGAUCACCGUCUACUGGCGAAAAGACGUGGAAGCUAAAGCGUUAGAAGUUUGGGGCUCGCGGGAAGCUCUGGCGAAAGAGCUGCUCAAGAAAGAACUCUCGCAGAAACAAUAUCAGCAAAAUAUAUUUACCGUGAAACGGAGACUGAGAGACUACAGACGGGAAAUGGGUAGCAAAGCCGAGUUCGUCGAACAGGAAGGACUGUUCGGUAGAUCCGGCAAGGUGGUCUUGACCGCUAUCGUGAUCAACGGCAGCAAUUUUUUAUUUAAAUUGUGUGCGUGGUUGUACACGGGCUCGCACAGUAUGUUCUCGGAGUGCGUGCACUCCGCCGCGGACACGUGCAACCAGUUGAUAUUGGCUUACGGCAUACACAAAUCGGUACAGACUCCUAAUCCCGAUCACCCGUACGGUUACACGAAUAUGAAAUACGUCUCCUCUCUGAUAUCUGGCGUCGGUAUAUUUUGCGUCGGGACUGGUUUGUCGAUUUAUCACGGCAUCCACGGCCUGCUGAAUCCGUCCGUGGUGGAAUCGUUCUACUGGGCGUACUUCAUCCUAGCCGGUUCUCUGGUGUCCGAAGGCGCGACUUUAUUAGUCGCGAUACAAUCGAUCAAGAAAGGAGCGGAGGAGAAGCGGCAGACGUUCAAGCAAUACGUGUUGGGAGGUCAAGAUCCUUCUGUGAAUGUCGUGCUCAUGGAAGAUCUCGCGGCGGUUCUUGGUCUCGUUUGCGCGGCGAGCUGCAUGGGCUUGACUUCAUACUUGGAGAAUCCUAUGUUCGACUCGAUUGGAUCUCUUUUGGUCGGCGGUCUGCUGGGCGCAGUGGCCGGUUUCAUAAUACACACGAACGCCGCUGCUCUCAUCGGCAGAAGUAUAUCUCAAGAAGAUCUCGAUAAGAUCAACGCCGAAUUGGAAUCGGACAUAAUGGUUCGCGCGAUCUACGAUGUGAAAGGUAUCGAUAUGGGCAACAACUUGGUUCGGUACAAGGCCGAGCUGGACUUUGACGGGAGAGAAUUGACGAGAUCUUAUCUGGAGAAGAACGAUAUGGUCGAAAUGUUAAAGGACGUACAAGCGAUGAAAAACAUAGACGAGCUGGAAGCGUUCAUGUUAAAACAUGGCGAAGCUAUCGUCGACACUGUUGGCGGGGAGAUAGACAGGAUGGAAUUAAAACUGAAGAAGAAACACCCGGAGAUUCGGCACUGCGACUUGGAGAUCUUAUAACUAUUUUUGCUUUAUUAUUUUGUACAGUAUAGAGCGGGGAUCCACGUGCUUCUGUAAAUAAUGUUUAAUAACGAUCGGACGUUACACGAUAUGUAUUUACACUAUAUAUAUACACAAUAUAUAUACUUAUUUAUCGAAUAAACGUAGUACACGUGUUUUCCUUCGUAGAAAUAAACUCGAGCGAGCUCUCUGA